AUGACGGCUCUGGUUGGCUCCCUUCGACUAGUAUUUGUAGGAUCUGCAUGGAAAGGUUUCAGAUCUGAACAAAAAGCAAACACAAGAGAUGUUGAGAAGCAAGAGGAGUUUGUGCUCCCUAAUGGUAUAAAGUACUAUGAGUUGAGAGUUGGUGGAGGGGCUUCUCCAAGGAGUGGAGACUUGGUGGUGAUUGAUCUCAAGGGAAAAAUUGAAGGCAGUGGAGAAGUACUUGUUGAUACAUUUGAUGGAGGCAAGAAGCCACUUGCUCUAGUAAGGGGGUUAAGGCCCUACAGUAAGGGAAUGUGUGAAGGGUUAGAAUAUGUAUUGAGAUCAAUGCAAGCAGGAGGCAAAAGGAGAGUCAUAAUUCCUCCCAAUUUAGGGUUUGGAGAGAAUGGUGCAGAUUUAGGUUCAGGUGUCCAGAUUCUGCCGUCUGCGACUCUUGAGUACAUUGUUGACGUUGAUAAAGUCUCCAUUGUACCUGAAUGA